UUUUCUCGCUCUGUGACAUCGCGGUGGCAGGAGAACGCCUCUGUCUGCUCGCCACACGGCGGAUGGGGGUGCAAAUCCGUUAGCGACCACACAACCUCCUCCGCUCCCGUCAUGGCUCCCUCGUCGGACAGGCAGGGAUACUGGGGACGGCCCACUUCUACGCUCGACUGGUGUGAAGAGAAUUAUGUCGUCUCCUACUACAUCGCGGAAUUCUGGAACACUGUCAGCAACCUGAUUAUGAUUCUUCCUCCCAUUUGUGGGGCCAUCCAGACGUUCCGUGAUGGCCUUGAGCUGUGCUACAUCUGCUCUUUCCUUGGACUUGCAGCUGUUGGCAUUGGUUCCUGGUGCUUCCACAUGACACUGCUCUAUGAGAUGCAGCUACUGGAUGAGUUGCCAAUGAUUUACAGCACGUGUGUCUUUGUCUACUGUCUAUAUGAGUGCUUCAAACAAGGGAACACCAUCAGUUGGUUUCCUGUAGCAUUAUUAGUAAUUUUCAGCAUCACAGUAACUGUGGUCUACUUACAGUGGAAAGAACCAGUGUUUCACCAGGUCAUGUAUGGUGCUUUAGUUGCUUGUCUUGUGAUACGAUCCAUCUUCAUUGUUACAUGGGUUUACCCAUGGUUACGGCGUCUGUGUUACACCUCCUUGGGUGUAUUUAUGUUGGGCUUUCUUCUGUGGAACAUAGACAAUAUCUUCUGUGACUCACUGAGAGCCAGUAGACAAAGAUUGCCAUCUGGUGUCGGAGUGGUAACGCAGUUCCAUGCCUGGUGGCACAUCUUCACAGGCUUGGGCUCCUACCUGCACAUACUUCUCAGUUUGCAAAUCAGAACCACCUACCUCAAGUACAGACCAAAAAUAAAGUUUUUAUGUGGAGUUUGGCCCACUCUGUAUCUUGAGCCUCAAAAGACGAGCUGAAAUUAUGGGACGCCUGAAAGAUGUCGACCAAAUGUAAAGACCAGCCAGUGCCCAAAUCUACUGCUGGGAGCUCUGCCCACCGCUAGGGGGCAGUGUACACCCCUAUGGAGCUACACUAAGGCACACUUCUGCUUUUCUCUGUGGAGAAUUAACUGAGUACAGUUUAGCACUGCGAUCAACAGCCUUUUUUUUUUUUUUUAACACAUAAUAAUUUAUUAGAUCCGCUUUUCCUGCAAUAUUUAUGAUGUGUAAUAUGUUUCAUUGUUAAUUAACUGUACAAUAAAUGUCAAUAAUUUGAUGUUUAAUGGACUGAAAUGGGAAUAGCGGAUAUCUUAUGGAUGUUCAUCGUUCAAUAAGGUUCGGAAAAAAAAAGUGACGAAUGAAUUGCGAAUUUACAUGAGUUUGUUAUGGAUACCUAAAAUUAUUCCAAACCUCAUAUAUAUUUAAAUAACAUUUUUUUAAACUCGCUGAAGAAUGAUCAUGAUACCUUAUUUCUUGUUUCACAUGUACAUGGGAGAGAGUCAGUUAAAGCAGUGUUGUCAUGCCAUUUUAACAAAGACCAAAGUGUUGUUAUGCAGCAUUCUUAACACUAUUUAGCUAUAUCAUCUCAUUUAUUUUUUAACAGAAUUCAAAUUUCUUGAAAACACCAAAAACUGGUGGGUUUUUUUCAAGUUCUUGACAAUUCUAAAGUUUUUUUUCAAUACUAGCUUUUUCACUUAAAAGGGAGCUCGCGCACACAUUGGUUUGUGGUACUUAUAGACUCAUGCAAAAAAAAAAAUAAAAAAAAAUACUGGAAUUAAACUUUGUCCAUCUUUACAGAGAGUAGAGAGCUCACAAAAGCAUACAAGAUGCAUUUCAAAUUCUGUCAAAGGCCCAAUGGAAUAAAUGGAAUAUUUCACAAUGAUUUCACCAUGAUAAAAGGUUUUAUUAGUGAGGUCUUGUGUUAAAAUGAUUCAUGUUACAACCUUUAAAUAGCAUAUAUUUAUGCUUUGGACUUUCUCGAGCUUUCCCUAGGGCAGGGUUUCCCAAACGUUUUCAUCUCCAGACCCAAAUGAGUACCCACAAUCUAAAAGUAUGCAUCAUGAAUUGUCAUAACACUGACAUAAACUGUUCACGGGUGUUAAACUUUUUUUACGUGGACUGGCUUCCCUCAGAGGGCUAAGACCAUAUCAAUGUUUAGUUGUGUCAUCGUAUUAUUACAUUAUUAUUAUUAUCAUUAUUAUUGUUAUUACAUAUAUGCACAAAAAAUAUGGGAUAACUAGUUCCUAAAUCAGAAUUCAAGAAAUUGUUCAACCACUGUGUAAUUUAUUUUAGAACUGGGGUUCGUAACAAAGGCGGCACGGUGGAUCAGCUGGUAAAGCAUUGGCCUCACAGUUCUGAGGACCCGGGUCCGAUCCCGGCCCCGCCUGUGUGGAGUUUGCAUGUUCUCCCCAUGCCUGUGUGGGUUUUCUCCGGGGACUCCCGUUUCCUUCCACAUCCCAAAACCAUACAACAUUAAUUGGACACUCUAAAUUGCCCCUAGGUGUAAUUGUGAGUGUGGCUGUUUGUCUUUAUGUGCCCUGCGAUUGGCUGGCGACCAGUUCAGGGUGUACGCCGUCUCUCGUCCGAAGAUAGCAAGAAUGGGCUCCAGCACUCCCCGCGACCCUUGUUAGGAUAAGUGGCAAAGAAAAUGGACAGAUGGAUAGGUUGGUAACAGCAAAAUGUUUGCAAUACCAUGUAUUUUCAUAUCCGGGCUUGGGUCGCGGGGCUGCAGCUUAGGCAGGAAGUCCAGACUCCCGCAAGCGUGCUGGAGCCCAUUCCAGCUAUCUUCGGGCGAGAGACGGCGUACGCUGUGAACUGGUUGCCAGCCAAUCACAGGAAAUAUAAACAAUCAAUCACACAUACGGGCAUUUCAGUCUUUACCACAUAUGUUUUGGGGAUGUGGGACGAAACUACAGAAAAACCCACGGAGGCAACGAGUGAGUUUUACACAGACGAGGCUGGCAUUUGAACUCUGGUCCUCAGAAUUGUAAAGCAGAUGUACAAACCCGGCGAUCACUCUUCCACUUUUUAGCCUACUUGAUCAAUAAAAUAACUUUAUAAUAAAAUAUUUUUUGACUGACAAUCAUCAACCCAGUAAGACAGACCUGCUCCCCAAAUUUGGCAAACCCUGCCAGAGAGAAUUGAGAAAAAUACCUACUGUAUAGUACAAACAAUAGUUACCUCCUUUUUCCAUGUACCUUAAAUUGAAACUGUGAAGGUUUGUUUUCGAUUUGAAUGUCUGUAUUGUGAACCUGUAAAGGGAAUUGUAAACCGGGCCAUGAAGGUAAUGAGUAAUAAAUACUACAACGCACAGCAUUCAUUGAAGUGAUUGUACAUGUUCGAGGUUUCUGGAGGUGAGUUAAUUGCAUAUGAACAUGCUGUUGCAACCAUUAGAACAAUGUAGGAAAUAUUCAGUUUGUGCCUAUGUUCCAAACUGGGAUGCAUCGACUUGUCGUCACCAUCAAUUCUAGAAAUGGGAAAUGAUUCAGUGAAGUAUAUACGGUUUGUCAAUUAGGUGCCUUAUAACUUGGUUGUGCAGGUGAAGCCACGCGGCCUUUGGUUGUUGACAUCAAAAACAUUUUAAGUGUCCCAAAUUCCUUGGUCAUGGAAAGAAAAAAAAAUAUUUUGAGUUUGUACCUCACUUUAUGUGUUCUACUUCUGAUCACAUGUUAGCCUGUCAAUAGUAACAUGAUGCCUGUGACCAGAAAAGCAUUCUCACUCUUUUGUGCCAGUAUUUGAUGUUGUCCAGUGUUGUCAAAU